GUGUAAGUGGUAUAUUUGUGAAUGCAACCUUCGGUCACGCUGAUCCCCAGCUGAAUUCGUGAGCAAUUUUUUGUUAUAAUACGAGGAAAAUUGAAGCUCAGCCUGCCUAAAUCUUUUGUGCGAUCACAACAAUAAUAACAACAAGUGUCAGCCCAGUGAUUAAACGAUAAUUCUAAACAUUUUAACAAGUCGAAAAAGAAGCUUGGUGCGUUCCCGUGUGUGACCCGACUGACAGCGAGUGCAUAAUUUACAGUUGUGGCCUUCCUCUGGGCAACAACAAAGGCAUCGGUAGACGACCCACACGCUUACGCACUCAUACACUAACACUCACACACACGCACACAAAGAUAAAUACAUAUGCGUGUAGAUUGCGAUACCUGACUAAGAGUGCGUUCGUUUGUCAGUAAUAAACAAGCAGAAAACAACACAUAACACAAAAAAAAGGUUCGUUUCACACUCCCGCGCGCGAAAUACCAAAACCAUAACAAAUGGGCCUGUUACUGUCGCGAUUGUGGCGGAUGUUUGGCAAUGAGGAGCACAAACUGGUCAUGGUUGGCCUCGACAAUGCGGGCAAGACAACAAUUCUGUACCAGUUUCUGAUGAACGAAGUAGUCCACACAAGUCCAACGAUCGGGUCCAACGUUGAGGAAGUCGUGUGGCGCAACAUCCAUUUCCUCGUCUGGGAUUUGGGCGGCCAACAGAGUUUGCGUGCCGCCUGGAGCACCUACUAUACAAAUACGGAGCUGGUUAUUAUGGUCAUCGACUCUACGGAUCGCGAGCGUUUGGCUGUCACGCGAGACGAGCUGUAUCGCAUGUUGCAGCACGAGGAUUUGAGCAAAGCCAGUCUCCUGGUCUAUGCUAACAAGCAGGAUCUGAAGGGAUCGAUGUCAGCGGCGGAAAUCUCGAGACAAUUGGAUCUGACGUCGAUUAAGAAGCAUCAGUGGCACAUUCAAGCGUGUUGUGCGCUAACAGGCGAGGGAUUGUAUCAGGGAUUGGAGUGGAUUGUGCAGCGCAUCAAGAACAAAUGACAGCCACAUCGAUCAACGAAGUCGCUAGUUUAUAGUUAUUGAAUUAAUUUAGACAAAUAAAUCAAUUUUUAUAUAAACAUGAGAAAAUUGUAAAGACAUGAGACACAGACAGAGAAAUGAUUAAGCGAAAAAGGGAUCGUUGUUGUUUGGGAAACACAAACAAAGCCAAGCCAAUUUUUUUAACAGUGCUUUAGUUUAAAACUCCUGCCUUUUGUUUAUAUACUAUGUACAAUCUAUAACCCCUAUCCCUCCUCGACCAUCCCGAAUCCCUUGUCUC